AAGCUGUCUUAUUUCCUAACAGGGCGUGUAGUAAAACGUUAACAAGAGGAAUUAAUAGCACUUUAACUCACUGGAUUUUUCAAAACGUGACGUACACCAUAUACAGUUCAACACAGACCCUCAUUGGAAAGAAAAUAAGAUAUUCUGACACAGGGUCCUGCAUGGUUGCCGUGUUGUGCCGAGAUGGCUCUGGAGGAAGGGGCUCGGAGCUCUCUGCUGCGCUUCCGCCACAAACUGGAGCAGGACAUCAAGCCCUCCUACCUGAUGGAUCACCUGAUCAGUGACGGCGUGCUCACUGUGGACGAGGAGGAGAGGAUCAAGACCCAGCCCACCAGGAAGGAUCAGGCCGCAGCGCUGCUGGAGCUGCUGCUGAGGAAGGACAACCGAGCCUACAUCUCCUUCUACAACGCCCUGAUCACUGAGGCAUACGAGGACCUGGCCAAUCUGCUUCAUGGGGAUUUACCCCAAAUAUCACUUAGUGCACUUAAAGGCUCCUCUGAUGGCUUCACCCCUACUGUCCAGGCCGUGCUGAGUCAAGGCGGUGUACCACAGAGGCCCGUGGUGUUUGUCAGCAGACUGGAGCUUGUGAACCGGGUCAGGGAGAAACUCUUCCUGGUGGAGAAGGCUCCCGGCUGGGUCACCGUGUUCGGCAUGGCCGGCUCGGGAAAAUCCGUCCUGGCUGCUGAGGCUGUCCGGCACCUAGGAAUCAUCGAAGAGUGCUUUCCGGGAGGGGUCCACUGGCUGUCCAUCGGCCAGCUGGACAAACCCGACCUGCUGGCCAAGAUCCAGUCGUUGUGUUUCCGUCUGGAGCAGAACAUGGACUCGCAGUCCCUCCAGAGAACCCCCAACUCUCUGGAUGAGGCCAAAGAGCGCCUGCGCUUCCUCAUGCUGCGCAGAUAUCCAAGAUCCCUGCUCAUUCUAGAUGACGUCUGGGACACUACAGUGCUGAAGGCCUUUGAUAUCCACAGUCGGGUUCUUCUGACCACCAGAAACAGAGCCCUUGCUGACUCUGUUAGUGGAGCCAAGUACCUGGUGGAAGUGGAGAGCGGUCUGGAUGAAAACAAGGGAAUGGAGAUCCUCGCUCUGUACACUAAAACUGAAGUCUGUGCGCUUCCUGAGGACGCGCGCAGCAUUGUCAGAGAAUGCAAAGGUUCCCCCUUGGUGGUCUCCCUGAUCGGGGCUCUUCUCAAAGAGAAACCCAACCGCUGGCAUUACUACCUCCGCCAGUUGCAGCAGAAGCAGUUCAAGCGCAUCAAGAAGUCCUCAUCUUACGACUACGACGCCCUCGACCAAGCCAUGUCUGCCAGCAUCGAGGUCCUGCCUGACGAGCACCGGGAGUUCUACAAGGACCUCACGGUGCUGGAGAACGACAUCAAGGUCCCUGCAAAGGUGCUGUCUGUUCUGUGGGGCCUGGAGACGGAGGAGGUGGAGGACAUCCUGGAGGAGUUUGUGAACAAGUCUCUGCUCUUUGUGGACAAUCACAACAAGCCCUACCUGUACUACCUCCAUGACCUGCAGCUGGACUUCCUGGUGGAGCAGAACCGCACCCAGCUGGAGAGCCUCCACAAGAAGGUGGUGCAUCAGUACCAGCAGCACUACAGAGACGGGCCCCCCACCUCAGGAGAUGAGGAGUGUCUGUACUGGAUCAGAUUCCUCACACACCACAUGGCCAAAGCCAACCUCUCCCAGGAGCUGUACUCGCUCAUGUUUUCUCUGGACUGGGUCAGCGUCAAGGCCCGGAUCAUGGGUCCAGCUCACCUCAUCAACGACUAUAUGGAGUAUGGACCCGUUCUGGACAAAGAGAACAGUGACGUGCGCAGUCACUUCCAGGAGUUCCUCUCUCUGAACGGCCACCACCUGGAGCAGCGUCCGUUCCCUGACGUGGUGCAGCUGGCUCUGUCGCAGCCCCACAGCUCCGAGGUGUACCGCCAGGCUCUGUUGCAGGCGCAGGGGGGGGCCCGCACAGGGAAGCUCUACUUUGACUGGCUGAAUAAGAACAGUGUGGAGAAUCUGUCCCGGCUGGUGCUCCACCCCCAGCAGGGCUCCAUCUACUCCGCCUGCUUCUCCCACGAUGGAACCAGGAUCGCCUCCUGUGGAGCCAGCAAGACACUGAAGGUGUUUAGGAGCACCUCAGGUGAGAAGCUCACAGAGAUCCAGGCCCAUGACGACGAGGUGCUCUGCUGUGCCUUCUCCCCUGACGACCGUCUCCUAGCAACCUGCUCCAGCGACAGGAAAGUCAAGGUGUGGAACGUGGAGCGAGCCAUGCUACUGAGGGUCUUUGAGGAGGAGCAUUCAGAGCAGGUCAACCACUGUCAGUUCACCAACACCACAAAGCGCCUCCUGCUGGCCACCUGCUCCAACGACAAGUUCCUGAACGUCAAGCUGUGGAACCUCAACAAGCCCUCCUCCCAGAACACCAUGUUUGGUCACUUUGAGCCAGUCAACCACUGCUGUUUCUCCCCCGAUGACGCCUACGUGUCCACUUCCUCCAACGACGGUACCGUUAAGCUGUUUCAGGUCUCUUCUGCCAACGAGUGGAAGACGAUCAAAGUGAGCGACAUGUUUGAAGAGAGCGAUGAAGAGGUGUUCGUCAAGUGCAGCACCUGGACGGCUGACGGCAAACGCAUCAUAUGUGCAGCCAGGAACGCUGCUCUGGUGUUUGACGUGGAGACAUCAGACAUGUUGUUGGAGAUCAAAACCAAUCGUCUGAGCACGGUGCAGUUCUGUCACGCCUGUCCUACCAGCAACCUGCUGGCUAUCGCCUUCUCCAACUACGCUGUGGAGUGUGUCUUCCAGCUGUGGGACCUGGAGAGCAAUAAUAAGGUGGCAGACUGCAGCGGUCACCUGAGCUGGGUGCAACGCGUGGAGUUUUCUCCUGACGGCUCCCAGCUGCUCUCCUGCUCCGACGACCAGACUGUCAGGUUAUGGGAGACGAAGAAGGUGCACACCUCUUCAGCUGUCUGCCUGAAAAGAGACUCUGACGUUCUCUUCAACGAUGAAGAAAUCAUCGUGUCAGCUGCAGACAACUGCAACAGACUGCAGGUGCGUGAUGGCCGCACAGGGUCGGUUCUGUUCCAGUCGGAGGAGAUGUCGUCGAGGAUCCGCUGCACCUGCAUGUGCAGACAGCCCUCUGCUGUGGCUCUGGGUCAGGAGGAUGGCACUGUACAGGUCUUGGAGGUGCCCUCUGGGAGGCUCCUGGCCACUCUGCUGGGACACACCAAGACGGUGCUGCACUGCCGCUUCAGCCCGGACGGCCAGACCCUCAUCACAUCCUCCGAGGACACCACCAUCAGGGUGUGGAGGUGGCAGUCUGGGGAGUGCAAAGUCCUGCAGGGUCACAAGGAGCAGGUGAGAUGUUUCUCUCUGCUCUCCACCUUUCCCUCCGACACCAGACUGCUGUCCUGGUCCUACGACGGCACUGUGAAGAUGUGGGACACAGAGGGGGGGGAGAAGCUGCAGGACAUCGAGGCCCACCGGGGAGCCAUCCUGUCCUGCCACGCCUCUCCAGACGGGAGCCUCUUCGCCACCACUUCAGCUGACAAGACUGCUAAGUUGUGGCACUGUGAGUCGUGGCAGUGCGUCCACACGCUGAGCGGCCACCAGGACUGUGUCCGGAGCUGCCGGUUCUCCUGGGACAGCCAGCGCCUCGCCACGGGAGACGACAACGGAGAGAUUCGGCUCUGGAGUGUCAAAGACGGCUCUCUGCUGAGGAUCUGUUCCCGGGACGGUAAGGACGCCAUGGACUCUCUGCACGGAGGCUGGGUGACCGACCUGCACUUCUCCCCUGACAACUCUCUACUGGUCUCCACUGGCGGAUACAUCAAGUGGUGGGAUGUGGAGAAAGGCAAGGCUCUGCAGACCUUCUUUCCGAGGGGAACAGCGCUGAAGAGGAUCCACGUCUCCUCCGACUUCUCCACCUUCGUCACCAUCGACAGCAUCGGCAUCCUCUACAUCCUGCAAAGGGUGGUGUGACACUGCUUCAAUGGACCAAAAAAAGAAAGUAACAUAAUACUACAAACACCACAUUUACCAUGCCUAUAGGACACUGUCAGGGGGCUAAACUGAGGGGGCUAGAACCACACACUUCUCAGAUACUAGGUUUACAUUUCCACUGCACUAUUUCUUCGGCAUUAUAAUGGAGCAAUACAGGUUCACAUCUGCCUCUGCUAACUUGACUUCACCAAUUUACAACAGCUUAGAAUCAAACUGCUUCAGCGAAAAUACACUGUUGGGAGCGUAGGUGCACCAUGGAAGCUCAGACAGUCUUCAGAUUCCUACUCUACACAAAUACAGCGGGUACAAAUACAAAAAAAUAGAGCACAAACUAUUAUUGAAACAAGGAAAGGUGCAUUGAAAAGCAGCAUGUAGCGUUUGUGACGAUCAGGUUUUAUCGAACAGAUCUUUUAUAUCAUCAAUAUCUAAUGAUAAUCAAGAGUUGAAGAUACGUGAUCCUUGCAUCAAUGUGAAUAAUACAUGUAAAUCCAUAGUGCUUUAAGGCUGAACAUAACUGCAUGUCAUUUCAGAGAUUUGUAUGCUUCGCUGUAUGUGAUUGUUAUAAGCUAUAGAUGUCAUUAAGUUCAUUUGAGUCGUUAACGCUGUGAUGCUUUUGACCUUUUCACUUUACUAUAAACCGUUUUGGGCAUUUUAUCUACUUGCCUUAGUCUGAAUGUGAAAAGUGUAGAUACUGUAGGGUACAUGGGUUUUGCCUUCUCAAUCCACCAGCAUCAAUAAAACUUCUGGUGCACUUUGAUAAGCAUUACACAUUUAUAGUUAGAUAAAGUUGUAAUGAUCAGGCAUUUUAAACUGAAGUUUGUAAGUCUAUUUGUACAUCAGAACUUUUUUUUACUUUUAAACUUAAAUCAGAAAAAUGUGAUUUAUUAUUUAUAAUCAAUUUUCACACUGAUGUUAAAAGCCGCAUUUUGUGCUUUAUCAAUUGCUGAAUGUUUCGUUUUAUACUGGUGAUUUGUAACUCUAUACCACUUUUUUCACACAUCUUUAUCUGCAUUUUGUCUAGCCUUUCCUGUUGUGAGCACUUUGAAGCAGGAGUUACAAUCUUAAAUGAAGCUUUUACUCAUGUGGCUUUGUUCAGGCAAAUCAAAAAUGAAUCCUUACUUUGAUUUGGCAAUAAAGAUGAGUGUGUGACAGAGGAAAGUGUCCAUUGACAUGCUGUGUAAACUAACUAUCAAACGUAUUCAUUGCUGUAUGGAUGAUACAGACUGGAGGUCCAGUAGGAGUUGUAAGCAUAUAAAGACAAGACAAUUAUAAAAGCGAGGAUGCAUUUAAACAUGUCUGAACAUUGCUCAUGUCAUGUUCACGUUGUGCUCUUCCUGAUUGGUGCUUUAAAGUCGGCAUAAACUCAAUCACUAACCUUACAGGGCUGAGGUCUCUAAAUAAAUGGCCAAAAUAUUGAUGUCUGCUCAGGAUUAAUUGAUACUGUUGUAUACUGGGUGGUAUGUGAGUGUAAUGUGUUAAAGAUUAAACUACACAAGCUAUAAUGAUGAAGAUUA